AUGCGUGAGCGAGCUGGACUUGGCUGGGACAUAACUGUACACCUCUGCCGAAAGAUUUUUUCUGGGGAAGAUGUCACGGACAUUCCAGAGCGUACGCCUCAGUGCGAAAGCGACCUGCUUGAAAUGUAUCGAAGGCAAGGAAACCUGAAGGACAUGCCUGCGCAGUAUGUCCUCCGUGGACGGAGAGAGAUCAUUCAGCACGCCCGCGCUUUUCAAUACCUCAUUCAUUCGUUUGUUGUAUUGCGUCAAGAUCUCACUGAGGAGACCAUCAAGGAAACUCAUCGAAUCCUCACCAAGGGAAUACCAAUCAUCGAGGAGGGAGUAGAUGACGUUGCACCUGAAAAAUACGGUGGCAUUUAUCGGGAUGUCGCGGUCGGAGCUGGCUCAACUAUGUUCACGGUUCCGCAAUUCGUGCCGCGCAAGAUGAAAGAGUUCUGCGAGAACCUCAAAGCAGACAUCACACUCGCCGAAACACGUGGCGUCAUAGAUCCUUUUUCUAUCGCUUCUAAGUACUCGCUCGAAUAUGUCCAGAUUCACCCCUUCAGAGACGGCAACGGCAGAACCUGCCGUAUGAUUUUGAAUGCAAUUCUCUGCAGAUAUGCAGGUAUCAUUGUUCCGAUCGGAGAGCAGGGAGAAGAAAGGAGCGAGUAUAUGACCAUAAAGCGGAAUGCCAGCGAGAACAUGGAAGGGCAUGGCCCUUACGCCCUCUUCGUGCUCACAAGAGCUGUUACACGCCUCCGAGAACUCAAGAAGAAAAUGGCGGGUAAGGGAAAAAAAAUUGAUAAGGGCAGUUCAUAUCCAUUUCAUGGAUUCAGUCGCGCUGGGAAGGUCGAAGUCUCAAAAAGUUAUGAGAUAGAAAGUUACUGCAUCGUUUGA